AUGGAAUUGGGGGUGGGAGUUGUGGGUUGGUGGGUCAGGGCUGCAUUGGGGCUUGUUAAUCCUCCGCCUCCCAGGGCCUCAGACAGCUUUGUCCUCCCCAGGCUGGAUCUGAGCAAUUGCUCCUUGUCUGCGCCCUGUGCUGGGUUCCAGGCUGCCAGCACCGCAGCUGUCAUCGACCUGACGGAGAAUCCGCUGCAGGAGAGCAUCCCCAACACCACCUUCCGGGGCUUCACCAGGCUGCAGAGCAUAUCCCUGCCGCUGCCCCUGGAGUGCCCUGGAGGGAGCAUGGCCUGGGACACCGUCACAUGUCAGAGGAACCCCUGCAACAGCUCGGGGGAGCUCGCCUGUCUGUGCCCAGAGAGCUCCCUGUGCGCCCCGGACGGGCCCGGCCUCUUCCAGUGCCUGUGCGCCGGCAGCUCCCACGGCUACAAGUGUCUGCGCGAGGGCGCCUUCCCCAUGCUGCUCUUCUAUGGGACCCUGGGGGCUGUGACCACCAGCCUGGCCCUGCUGGCCUGGGGCACCCAGCGCCGGAAAGCCAAGUCCUCCUGACCUCUCCUGGACUGUGGGGAGAAGGGUGCAGCCUGGAGACUGGAUGGGGGCCCUUUCCUAGGGCUUGCCCAGCUACUGAACUCACUGUGCUGCCACGGCCCAGCUCCCUGGGCACCACUGCCAAGGGGCUCCGAGAGACGGGGGGGUAGCGCCCUGGAACAGUCUGGCUGCCUGCGUCCCAUUAUUCUCCACCAGCAAGGGAGACCCAACUCCCCAGCCCUAGGCCUUGCCUGGCCCCACUCCAGGGUCCACCACAAGGCAAGUCCUGCAGCGAGCUCUGGGGGGCUACACAUCACACCCCACAUGGAGCCUCUGCCUGGGGCCAGCUCCCUGCGUGCACAUCUCAUGGCUGCUGGCCUGCAAGGUCCCUGGUGCACUGGAGGCUUCCAGCUCUGACCCCCUGUUCCCCAAGUUAUGAGCCUGGGGCUACACCCCUGCCUGGGCACAGGCUCUGGCAGGGGCCCGUCAGUGGGCUGGACCCCUGGUUCUCACUCUUCCCCUGGGGUGAGCGAUGAGACUGGGCCUCUCUCCUGCCAGCCCUGUGCUUCUCUCCCCCUCCAUGAGCUCCAGGCAAAGAGCCCAGCUGGGACAGAACCCAAGGGAGACUUGUACCAUCGUGGGGAGCAGUACUCCCUUCUCUUCCCCCCCGCCCGUGGGCACCAGCCAGCGCAGGCAGGUUUAUCUGUGGCAUGGCCCAGGCAGCCCCAGGGCACAGGAUUAGAGGCUGUCCACACUGUAGGGAACCCCAGUUCUGGGGCGCAUCUACCUCCCUUCCUUCAGCAGCUCCCUCUGAGAGAUCUGGGCCUAACUCCUAGCCCCAUCUUUGUUCUCAGCAGCCUUGCUGCGGGGUAGGACAAUCCCCGGUUGCUGGAGCUCAGCUAGGUCAACUUCAGCCACUUCCUCAAUCAUUUCAUCUGCCUGGGCCUGGCAGCUAAGUGGUAGGACACUAGGCGGCUGGAACUGUCACUCAGGGAGGUGAAGACUCCUUGGCCCAGAACGUCUAGGGUGGGGCCAGCACUAGGGCAGGGGGUUAGUUGCCCAUCACCAAGUGAAAUCCCCUUUCUUUUUGACCCCAGGAAGAAGGCACUUGGACUUCUGCAUAGGGGCCACCCCCAAGCGUUUUCACCACAUGAGAGCUUGGGGGAAAAAAGGAGAAUGACACGCUCAGCUAGCUGACCUCUGUCUCAGGCAGGUGCACACAGACCUCCUGUUACCUUACAGGGCCCAAGAAUCAAAUCAUGACCUUAGAAAAGGUGAUUUUAUUAACGAAAUAGAAAGGUAGCUGUGGUGAAGCAGACUUGGCUGCUAGGUGUUUGAGCAACUGAGAAAAGAGCAAUUUAUAAACAGAGAAAUGUGGAGCUGGCCCGGGGACAUUGAACCAAACAAAGAAAAUAACCUGAUUGUGUCUAAAUAGA